AUGAACGGUUUGAGUUUAUUUAAGAGAGCUUCUAGAGCUUUCGAUGACUAUCCUUCACUCGCUAAGCUCAUUGUCGUUUGCACCAUCAGUGGUGGGGGCUAUGUAGCUUAUGCAGAUGCAAAUUCAACUAGUGGUGUACAUGCUGCUGCACCACCUGUAUCGGAGAUCAAGAAAAAGAAGGUGGUGGUGCUUGGAACUGGUUGGGCCGGAACCAGCUUCCUGAAGAAACUGAGCGAUCCCUCAUAUGAUGUUCAGGUUAUAUCGCCUCGGAACUACUUUGCAUUCACCCCUUUGUUACCUAGUGUUACAUGUGGUACGGUGGAGGCUCGCAGCAUUGUCGAACCAAUUCGUAGCAUUGUCAGGAAGAAAAGUGUGAACGUCAGUUACUGGGAAGCUGAAUGUUUCAAGAUCGAUGCAGAAAAUAAGAAAGUUUAUUGUCGACGUAAUCCUGACUCCAGUAUGAAUGGGAAAGAAGAAUUUGCUGUGGAUUAUGAUUAUCUUGUAAUAGCCAUGGGAGCCCGUCCCAACACAUUCAACACACCCGGUGUAGUAGAGCAUUGCAAUUUCCUGAAGGAAGUUGAAGAUGCUCAGCAGAUCCGUCGGUCUGUUAUUGAUUCAUUUGAGAAGGCAAGCUUGCCGACUUUAAGUGAUGAAGAGAGGAAAAGAAUUCUUCAUUUUGUUGUUGUUGGUGGUGGACCAACAGGAGUGGAGUUUGCUGCAGAGCUUCAUGAUUUUGUCAAUGAGGAUUUAGUCAAACUAUAUCCAGCAGCCAAAGGUUCUGUACAAAUAACAAUUCUUGAAGCAGCAGAUCAUAUUUUGAACAUGUUUGACAAAAGAAUCACAGAUUUUGCAGAACAUAAGUUCCAUAGAGAAGGCAUUGAUGUGAAGCUAGGGUCAAUGGUCGUGAAAGUAUCUGAUAAAGAAAUAUCUACUAAAGUGAGAGGGAAUGGUGGUGAAAUUACAACAAUACCAUAUGGAAUGGUUGUCUGGUCAACUGGAAUUGGAACUCAUCCUGUCAUAAGGGAUUUUAUGAAGCAAAUUGGUCAGACUAAUAGGCGUGCUUUAGCAACUGAUGAAUGGCUGCGAGUCGAGGGAUCUAAUAGCAUCUAUGCACUUGGUGAUUGUGCGACAAUUAACCAGCGCAAAGUCAUGGAAGAUGUUGCCGCAAUAUUUAAGAAGGCAGACAAGGACAAUUCUGGAACCCUCACCGUAAAAGAAUUUCAAGAAGUCAUUGAUGAUAUUUGUGAAAGAUAUCCUCAAGUGGAGCUGUAUUUGAAGAACAAACAAAUGCGUGACAUUGCUGAUCUCUUGAAGAUGGCUAAAGGGGAUGUUGCAAAAGAAGCAAUGGAACUAAAUAUUGAAGAGUUUAAGAAAGCCCUUUCUGAAGUUGAUUCCCAGAUGAAGAACCUUCCAGCAACAGCUCAGGUUGCAGCUCAGCAAGGCACUUAUCUUGCUAAUUGCUUCAACCGCAUGGAAGAGGCUGAAAAAAAUCCUGAAGGUCCUAUCAGGUUCAGGGAAGAAGGUCGCCAUCGGUUCCGUCCCUUUAGAUACAGGCACUUUGGGCAAUUUGCUCCACUGGGAGGAGAACAAACAGCAGCACAGCUUCCUGGUGAUUGGGUUUCCAUCGGUCACAGCAGUCAGUGGCUUUGGUAUUCUGUCUAUGCAAGCAAGCUAGUCAGUUGGCGCACCAGGGCGUUGGUGAUAACAGAUUGGACAAGGCGUUUCGUCUUUGGAAGGGAUUCCAGUCGCAUUUGA